CGACAGGCCUUCAACAUGAAGGUGCUAUCGCGCUACGACCCUCAUGCAGUCUCGUUGCUGCAGAGCACCUCCUUCGUCGUCCUGUACACGUACGACGAGCCAAGCAGCGCGUGGUCCAAGACAUCCAUCGAAGGUCCUCUGUUCAUCUACUCUCGAAGCUCCUCUCCGACGUAUGGACUGUUCGUGCUGAAUAGAAAUGGCAUGGACAAUUUCAUAGCGACGCUGGGAGAGCGAGAUGAGGUGGAUUGCAACGAGGGCUUCUUCAUCUACAGACCUGCCGCCGAGGAGGGGCAGGAGGAGGAGGAGGAGAGCAGUCGCACGUACGGCAUUUGGAUCUUCGAAGAAGAGCAGCGGGAUACGUUGGGACAGGAACUCGUCAGGUGCGUU